GCCAUGGGCUCGGCCCACCCCAGCGGCCGGCAGUACACCGUGUGCAGCGGACAGCGUCUGGGCGACAGUUCCAGGGAGCGGCGCGAUGCGGCGCGGCGAGCGUCCCGCCACAGCCCCGCGACCAGGCCGGCUUGGACGCCCCAGCGGCGGCGGCGGCACAGCCUGCACGUUAUCUGCGAGGAAGCGCUGGGGGCGGCGGGGGCGGCGGGAGCAACGCACCGCCGCCAAAUCAUCCCUCGCGCCCGACUGUCACGCACCUCCUCUGGCGAGGACGACAGGUUCCUAACUUACACACACCAGUACGCAUCGAGACCGAGUAUAGCACCUGUCACCAACAACCAAGGAAAUUCGGAUGCAGACGACUUCCACGACGUCAGCCUGUGCGACGAGGUGUUCCCGGAGGUGCCUCCGGGGUUCAGGGACGACAGCGAGGUGUGCAGUGUGGCGUCCGGGCUUACCGACGCCGGGGGCCGUGGCGGUACCAGAGGGGACGCCGUCCCCGGGGUCUGCCGCAGGCCUGCUGAACCAGCCCUGGACGCCGCGGCGAGGAGACGCAGGCGUGCCGAGCAGCUGACCAAGGCGCUCAAGGCCAUCACCGACGGCGGGAACUGCCACGGGCUGACGGACAGCGACCAGGAGCGCAUGAGCGAGGGUGACCCCUCGCCGAGGAAACUAGCGGAGCACAAAAGACAAGGAACCUUCUCGAAGAGAUCCCUCAUUUCCUUCAAAACCGAUGCCGGCUCUCCCGAGAUGGGAAAAGAUGCCCAUUGGAAGGGCAUCGUCGCGAAGAAGUCUACGGAGAGGAAGAAGUUCUCCCGGUCGAGCAUCUCCAGCUUGGAGACCUCCAAACACCUAGAAAACGUCCAGGAAAGGAGGAGUUCCAUUCUGAAGCUCACUGUGGCCGCUGACAACUUGUACAACAGAUUUCAGCAGUCAUCUGGGGUCAGUCUGGAGUGUAACAUCAACGGCAGUUCGGAUCAAGAGCUCGGUUCCAAAACCAAAAGGCAGAAAAGUGCAGUGUGUGAUAAACCAUCAUGUUUCAUACAAUCGUGCACCACCAAAGUACAAAACAGACCUGAAAGUACUUACAAGGAUACAUGCCAUAGUCGCAAGGUUCGGGGUUCUGGAACAGCAACAUGCAAGUCAUGUGUUUUGACUGGACAGACAGACGAUGAUAAACUUAGAAGAAACAAAGUUUUUUGUAAUGAAUCACUUACCAAGUACAAAAAUUCUUCCACGUGCAAGCUAUCAAAUUUUCACUUAAACAAGGCAAGUGCACUGUCACCAAAUGAAUGCUUGAGUGCUGAUGGGAGUGGUAACAAAACACUUUGUCACAUCAACCAAGAUGAUCCCCUUAUUGACAAUGGACGCAACAGCUUUGUCAGCGAACAAAUUUCAAAAGACAAUAAAGGUUCCGAAAACUUACCUACAGUAGAUGUGGAUACAUCGGACCUACAGCAGUUAAUCAAAAACCACUCGAGUUGCAGUGAGAGUAAAAUCUCUAGCAAAGAACCACAUAAUCCUUACUUGCAAGAGAAUAUAAAUCCUACGAACUAUUCUAAACUGCAAACACAUUGCAAAUCAUCCACAGUAAAAAAGGAUUCGAAUUCCAAGAACGAGAUUGUGAAAACCAAAGGUGAGGAGAAAAAUGGUUUCGAAACCAUGUCGGAAAAAAACUGCCACAAGAAACCGAAAGUAUUCGAGAAGUUUUCUACACAUAAAAAAGACGAAGGCUUUUGCGGCCUCCUGCAGUACCUGCAUGAAAACAAACGGGGUCUUUCAGAAAUACUGGCGAGAAACAAUGUGAUCAUCGAGCCGCUGCAAGAAGGAAGUACCUCCACGCAGGAAGCCCCAAUCAAAAGCGCCGACUCGAGCCUGGUUCCAAAAACCGACGAGAGCGACAAGUCGUGCAGGAUCACUGGCGCGACGGUAAAGUACGCGGCCAGGAACACGGAGAAGGCCGUGAGCGGCUCCACCAACUCCCUCCCCAAGCAACACUCGCAGCGGCCAGUCCUGAGGCGGCACUUCUUCUACAACCCGACGAGAACCAACAGAGAGCUCGUCGACGAGGAGCUGCCCGAACCCGACAAGGUGAAGAUCACAAGGCAGCUGUUCGAGAACUCCACGGCCGCCACGGAUCCAUUCGUCCAAGAUGGGGGUGGCCAUCAGGACAAGAUGAACGGACCAAGCAGUGUGAGCGGCUAUGUCGUUCUUCAAAGUGGGGGAAAGAGUGGAAGGAAUUGCAGGGCUCCCAACUCUUGCUUUGGAGGAAAAGGCCAAACAAGGGUGGAGAAUUGUUCGGAGUCACUUGAAGAUCUAAGCUCUUGUGCCGAUGUGAAGCAGUCUUGCGUGAGCCUUGACGGCAGCAUGUCAGCCCAGAAUAACCCCGAGGCCAAGAUGGAAGAACGGCGCUCUUCGGUGGUCGACCAGGAGGACUUGGAGGAGGGUGUCCGCUACGUGACCCCGGAGGUGCUGGAGAAGAUACGGGCGUGUGGCACCUCGGUGACGUACUACGGCGGGCACAUCAUCUCCCGCAGCAGGGGCUCACUCACCAGUCCCAUGACGACGGCCAUCAUGGACGAGAUCCGGCAGGGCGGGGACUCCGAUGGGCCGGGCUUCGUGCUCAAGUUCCGGCUCGUCAAGAGCAACAGCUGCGGCAGCAGGAUCGAGCUGGCGGGGGCGGAUGAGGCCGAGCGGAGUGCCCGGGAACAGAAGAGCAACCCCGGGAUGCUUCAAGAAGGAUCCAGCUCCUGCCCCAAAGCAGUCGAGCCUCCACCCAAAACCGAGGCUCUCUCAGCAGCUAAGAAUCGCACAUCACCUCUGUGUGUGAACUCCUUAGACAAUGCGGGAAAUACAGAUACCAUACCCAACAACCGCUAUGAAAGUCAGACCUUUAAACUACCGGGAGACAAUUUCAGCACAAGUGACUGUCAAGAAUCCCACCACAUGCAAAAUACAAGCAAAUCCCACACAUCAAAAACUUUUAUAGAAGGUUUUGGUCGUGCUAAAACAUACGUAGAUUUAAUAAACAAGCCGGUAAUAAAGAAUUACACAUUCAACGACAUGGAGUUUGAGGAAUUUGAAGUUUUGGAUGGUAAUAUUGUCAUAAAAAGCCAUGCUACAAACGAGGUGGAGAACCAGAACACAAUGGACAAUGUUGCAUCUCCAACUCCAGCUGAAAAAACAAAUCUUGAUGUGGAGAAAAGCAGUGAUAUUCAACUGUCUGAAGACUUCGAAACUAACCGUUCCAUUAAAGACAAUUGCAAGGGGAGUGGACACGUUGUGCCCAUGACAACAUGGGCGAAUCACAAAUACGCUUCUACAGCCAUAACUCACUAAAAAUGUAAAAAAUUAUCUCUGAAACUAAUUUAAGAAACCACAUCUUUGCGUGACCUGUCAGAUGUUAAACUUGUUAUUUAAUAAUUUAUCUUGUUAUAAUAUUGAAUAAUUUGCAUCUAAUGGUCAAGUGCAUUAUUUUGUAUUUAGUAUUUAUUGUUCAUGUGAAUUCAAAUACUUGACUGGAAACGUUUUGUCAUUCCACUUUCAAUCAUGUUAAUAAAAUAACAUUUUAUUCUGAAAUAAAUUCAAACCAUAUUUAAAGUAGGUAUGUGUAAAUGUUGAGUCGGGUGGUACUACAUCGAGAGCUGCCUUUCUCCAAGCCUCAAAUUUGGCAGGCUGCACUUCCCUAGAGAUACCCCUGCUCGUGGGUGUCAUGCUGUCGUAAUGCUUCAGAAUACUAUGACUACUUUUAUGUACAUGUUAAAAAUUUAACAGGUUGCUAUUCAAGUGUUUGUUUUAUUCAUUGUAUCUUUUGCUCUCUAGGAUUAUUAAAUGUUAGGAGCGCAUGAAAUUAGAUAAAAAAAAAGAAUUGGUAACAUUCAUAUAGGCAAAAAGAACGACUUUUAUUUUAUUUUUAUUUUUUGUUAUAUUGUAGGCAUCUAAAGAAAUUCCAUUGCGAAAUAAGAUUUAUCUGAAAGAUAAAUUACUUAGACAAUACAUAAAGCCGCUUUCAGAGACAUGUAAGUAAAAUUCCAGCAUAAACUUUGGAGGUUAGUCAACGACUAAGUCUCAAGUCAUGACUGAGGAAGCCAGCUCUAAUAACGUGCUACGUGUGAGAGCUUCAUAAAAUUAUGUUGUAUGUGUUUAAAUGUUUGCGACUAAGUUUUUGCGAUUUUUCAGCAAAAAUAAAUACUUUAUUCAUA